AACGUUCCCAUCCCUGUGGAGAUCAUGGAUGCAAUGUGGAAGCCUGACGAGUACCAAGCAGCAAAUCUCUACGGCAUGGCUUGCAUUUUGGUGGUGGUCAUGCUUCCAAGCAUCAGCAUGGAACGCAAAUUUGGAGACAAGCUUCUCGCCACCCCAAACGCGAUGUUGCUACUCCCAAGAUCAAAGUUUCACGACAGUGCCAACGUCCUCAUCCUCCUUCAUGUGGUUAGUAUACCAUGGAUCCAUAUGAGCUCUAAGUUCUACAUCUUCUCUGAUCGAUUGAGAGAAACCCAAUUCAUCAGGUUAUUAACUUUGGCAUGUACUCCCUCGCACUCUACGCGACGUGGGAGAAGAUAGUGCGCAUCCACGACUCACCAAGCUACGUGAAGCGAACGUUGUCCCGGAUACCAGUGUUCCUGGCGCUGUGGAUCACUGCUCUCGCCUUCCCUUUCUUCAGUGCAAUCAACAAGCUCUUGGACGCCAUCCUUGUGUCCUGGAACUUCUUCAUCAUCCCGUGCGCGGCUUACAUUGCAGUCUUUUGGUUGCCACAGCCGCGGCGAGGCUCCAAAUCCCUGUCGAGGCUGGGCUGGGCGGUGGAUUUGAGCGUUUGCCUGGGCACUAUCCUGUGGAUGCUGGUCAUGCAAUGUGGGCUGGGCUUGUGGGGCAACGUCCACACUUUCGUCAAGGUGUUGGAGGGAACCAGGCCCUUUCCAAAGUGCUAUCGCUGCGCACCUCCAAAGUAGAGAACAAUUCUCCUUC